AGGAGGGAGCAGGGAGUAGGACGGAGAGAGGUGGGUGGAGGGAGAAGGGAGCGGGACAGAGAAAGUAUGCUGCAGUCCGGAACAAUCACUUACACAUAGGGGAAUUUACUCAGAGCUUAACCCAGGAAAGCUCGAUAAAGAAUUUUUAGUAACCAUGAAAUUUUAGACUGCAGACACACUUUCAUCUUGCACACAAAUGUCCUUAAAUGGACACUCUCUGGACUUAGCCCUGACAGAAUGCCAGUCUAUUCUCUCAAUCUGAAAGUAUUCUGGCUGCUGGUCGCCUUCCUAUUCACAGGCAUAUGGUGCUUGUUUGUGGCUUGGAGAAGAGAUGGCGUGGCACAAGGCGAAGGAAGCUGCCCAGAGAAUGGAUUCAACCACUUGCAAGUUGGAUUUAAGUUUUGCCUGGUGUUCCUACUCUGUUACAUCAUCCUGAGGUGGUGCGGCUCCUUCCCCCGCCGCCACUAUGGGCCCCCGUGCAGUCUGAGCGUGCAACAGCACCACCAUCAGCAACAGCACCGGAGAAACCUCCUGGAAACCUACUAUGAGCAGCACGUCAGGCUCUCCCCCCAUGUUCUGGGACAUAGCAAGGCUCAUGUUAGUCAGAUUGUGGGGGAGCUGAUCAAGGUGGGCAAAGCCAAGCAACUUGAUGGCAGUGUCACAUUCAGAGGAGACUUUGUGCAGGUGGGCAGUGCUUAUGAGCAGCAUAAAAUUAACAGCCCAGAUUGCUUUGACAUCCUUGUACCCCUCAAGAUGCCCCAAAGUCUCAAGUUUGAACCUUUUUUAAAAAAACACAAAGAGGAAUCAUUUGCACCCAUUUUGCAAGGCGGCGUCAUGUGCCAGGUGGCAGCACCUAAAAAGUCGGAGUGGGUAAAGACCUACAAGCAAUUCAGUGAAUGCUUUUGCACAGAGAUAGGCCAGAAACACCAGCUGUCAUCGGCUCUAGUGCUAAGGUGGUUCCACUGGAAGAUACAGAGAUGUCUUAAUGUCAUCAGGUACCCUUUUGAGGAAAGGUGCCACAUCACGCUAUGUGUAUGUGAUGAAAAACUCAUCCUCAAAAUCCUGCCCAGAUCAGAUUACGUGUGUUGCCACAUUUCUAUGUCUGUACGGCUUAUCCCUGCUUUUCACCUGGGGGACUCUGUAUUCUUGACCGCCCAACCCUGGAAUAAAGCAUUAAUUCAGGAAUCUAUAAACCUGGAUAUAUAUUGGGGCAUCAACUUCUCCAAACAUGAGCAAAGGCUUAUGAGCUGGUUCAAGGAUCAGGCACCACUAAACUCCUGCCACCUGAAGUGCUUGCAGAUCAUGAAAGGCCUAAGGGAUCUCAAUAUGAAAAAACAGAGGCAAUUUGUUUGCUCCCAGUGGAAAGCCAUUCUCUCUUCUUAUAUUCUGAAAACUGCCCUUUUCUACCUGCUUCUUAAAAUCCCUGUGGAAAAGUGGGAUGAUUCCUUACUCCUGGAGAGAAUGGAGGAUCUUGUUUUGUUCUUGAAGGAAUGCUUGCAGAAACAAAGGCUGAUGCACUUCUUUCUGGGCAAUACCAACAUCCCGAGCUUUAUCUCUCUUCCGAAAAUAUUCAAAGAAGCCCAACCAGUCAACUUGUUAGAGGGGUAUGGCCCUGAUAUAUUGGACCAUGUUUCUUUUCAGCUUCUUAACUUGUGGAUCCAAAUGCCUCAAAUUUUAAGGAUGAAUCCCAGCCCUAGAAAUAUACCCAGAGAAUCACCCAGAUGCAAACAUGCAGUCUUUAAUUAGCUUAUUAGGGAUAGAAGGCAUUCAGGGCAUCCCUGCAACCUGUUCUGUCGUAUAAAGCUUGGUGUACCUCUAUGAUUCAAAAUAUGUCACAGGAUUAGUUUUUUUGAUUUAAGAAUAUGUAGUUAAAGCUGUAAACCAGUUCAACCUGCUCAAUUGUUAUGCACUUAAGUACUAAUACCUUUUAAUCACAGAAGAUUCCAUUGCAUGGAAUAGAUAAUGAGGCAGUAAACUGGUUAAACAUGGACUGACCUUUGGUCAAACAAUUCAAUAAUUGCAAUCUAAUCUCUAUGUUUGCUGAGCUCCCGAACAAAACAUUUUAUCAAACGGCAAAGUUGCUAUAGCCAAUGACCUCUCCAAACUGGAGCAUAAUGACAGCUUACAGGUCAUUGGUUAGAUCAGGCCAGUUGUAUUAUCCAUAUAGUGGGCAAAUGUAUUAGUAUUAGACUAAUUAAUUUAUUUGCCAACUGGGCAACAAUCAGAUAAUCUGAAAUGUAGCCUACAUUGACUCAAUAGGCAUUAUGUAAUAAAAGGAAAUAAGUUUGCCCAGGAGUAGUAACCCACAGCAACCAAUCAGCAGGUAGUAUUUACUGGUCACCUGUUUAAAUAGCAAACAUCGUAUUAGUAACUAUGGGUUACAGCUCCUGGGCAAAGUUAGCUCCUUCUAUUUCCAUAUUAGGGAUAUUCCCUAUAAUUGGCAAAUCAGCUGUUAUAAUAAGGGCUUUCUGGCCAAUAGCACAUGACAUAUACUCAAGCAAUUUCAAUGUUACCUAGCAGGUGGCAAAAUGCUCACAUUUGCUUCUUUGAAGAAAUUGCUCUGACCGCCAAAUUUAAAAUUAAGUGGUAAUCAAUGAACCCAAAAACUGGCCAUAUGUUAUGGGCUGCAGCUUUCUUUAUUUUUCCUUAUAUAAACAAUAAAGUAUGGGAAGUACUUAUUGUGUGCGAGGAAUGACCUCUCUGUUCUUUUCCAAUUAUGUUUAUUGGCAAUUUUUUCAAAUAUAACCCUUAAUAUUUUAUACAUUUCCUCUUUUAAUACUUCAUAGCAAACAGGAUAAAAGAAGCAAAGUAAACAUUCUUGGCACAUAAAAUGCAAUUUUCUCAUACAUUAUUGUUGGUGAUGUUGACAACUUUCUGUUGUCAUUACAAAUGUAUUACUAUUAUUAAUGUAAACUGUUUGACCUGCAGUGCCUGGGGGAGCCUGAUACCAGUGCUUUAUCCGGCCCAUUGACUGCACCAAACAUUCUGACUUCACUCAGGGCUGGCUAGGGUGGUGCAAGGAUCCUGUAGGUUAGAGUACAGUUGUAAUCAGUGCCUCCAAACUUAUUCAGAGGGUUUUAUUAUCAUUCCAGGGGUGGUUCACCAUUGUGUUAACAUUUAGUAUUAUGUAGAUAUUGAUAUAAAGUUGCAAUUGGCAUUCAUUUUAAAACUUGUGUGUUUUUUAAAUGAUUUAGCUUUUGGUUUAGCAAAUCUCCACGCUGAAAUUUCAGCAGCUCUCUGGUUGCUAAGGUAAAUAUGUCCUAGCAACCAGGCAGUCGUUUGAAUAAGAGACUUGAAUAUGAAUAGGAGAGUGACUGAGCCGAAAGAUAUGUAUUACAACGUAGCAAUAACAAUAAAUGGUAGCAUCACAGAGGAAUAGUUUUUUGGCCGAUGGGGUCACUGAAAGGAGAAAAUGGCAGGUACUCACAGAUCCCUCAAACAGGGUUGUAAAAAAAUUAGAAUUUUAUUUUAGACCGCAAAGAAAGUUAAUUAUGUGUUUAGUGCAUGUAGGCCCAUAAUCAUAGGCUGUUGGGGUCAAUGACCGCCUUUCGAGACUUGGAAAGAGGCAGAAAAAGAAUAAAACUAUAAAAAGUCAAUAUGAAGACUAACUGAAAAAUUUCUAAGGAUAGGUCAUGUAUUUUUUCAGCUACAGAUAAAGGUAGAAAAAAAAAUAUAAUACACAGUUAUGGACUGUGUUUUUAAUAACAAGGCAUAAAAAUGGAUGCAAAUACUCGCAGUAUAUUGCAAUAUGUUGCAACCUAAGCAUCUGUGUUUAGAAUAGAGGGAGCUGAAAGGAAUGCAAAGACUGAUAAGGCUAAUCUUCCUUUGGCACACAGUAUUGCGCUAGUCAUUCACUGCUUGCUACAGCUAUAGUCCAAAUAACUCCUGACUAGCUGCCUGUGAGCUAUAGUCCAGAUAACUCCCGACUAGCUGCCUGUGAGCUAUAGGCCAAAUAACUCUGACUAGCUGCCUUUAAGCUAUACAGCAAACAGGAGGCUUUUUUAAGGACUGUCUAUGGACUGUUCUACAUUAAGUACAGUUUAUAGUCUUAAGACCACUAAGUGCAAUUGUGGACAUAUCAAGUUUGCCCCACUUAAAGCCUUUAUUUUUCAUUUUGAUGCUGAUUGUUGGAAAUGAUCACCUCCGAGCAAUUAAAAUUAUCUUUAAUCUUACAAUUUGCAUCAAAGCACAUGCACAACUGUGUACCCUUUUAGGGUAAGGCCACACUGGUAGUUUUGGGGAGAUUUGAUUUGGUCGCCGCAAAGACGAGGCGAUUAGUCGC